ACAAAUUUAAGAAGAAAUACCAGAGCACAGCAGAACAGAGCAUCGGAUUUAAUUACUUCUCUCUCCCAUCAUCGUCUCCAAUCUUUAUAAUAGCAUACCAGCAGUAUUUAAGCCAUCCCUUAUCUCCUCAUUCUUCUUCUUCUUCUUCAUUACUUACUCUUUCCAUCUCUACGUGUCUCUGAUUCAAGAAACAAAGGCGAAGAACAGAGCUCUAACAAAAAUUCAAUCAAAAUUCCCGCGCCUUUUCUCAUUGUUUACCGCCAAAAAUCAUUGGUUUCUCAUAUCCCCUUGUAUAGUCUACUAUCAAUACACUAGCUGUUCAGUUGAUAACAUUUGUAACAGAAAAAACUUAAUCCGAUUUAAGAUUCAUACCCAUUCUUUGUUGAAUUAUCCCGUAUAAUCCUAACAUUAAUCAAAUUCAAUUCUAGGAUUUCUUCUGGGGAAAUUUUCUGCCUUUUGGUAAAAUUAUUGAUAGUAGAGUUUUUUCAAGAUACAGAGGAAUGUUGUGUCAUUAAUGAAAGUUGGUCCGAUUUAAAGAUAGAUACAGGCAUUCAAUUCCAUAGUAAACAUACCCAUGUUUCCAAUUCGAUCAUUCAUUGCAUUUCAAUCUCUGUUUUCCCAAUCUGAACAAGAAGGAGAAGUUCAGUUUUCGAAUCGAGUUUCAGCAGUAAAUUACAAGAAGAAGAAGAUGAAUACAACAAGUUAUGGGUUUGUUUUAAUUAGUUGGGUAUUGUUGUUAGCAUUCACACCAUUGGGAAUUUAUUCAGAAACCAAAAAGAAUCUUGUGAAGAUGACUCUGGUUCAACACGCUGUAACUCAAGGAGCUUUUUGUUUGGAUGGGAGUCUACCUGGAUAUCAUCUAGACAGAGGAUAUGGUUCUGGAGUAAGUAAUUGGCUUUUACAAUUUGAGGGAGGUGGUUGGUGUAAUGACAUUGAGUCAUGUUUGGAAAGAGCAAAAUCUCGACAUGGAUCGACCAGGUACAUGAGCAAAUGGGAGUACUUCAAUGGGAUUCUAAGCAACAAUGCCUCUUUAAAUCCUGAUUUUCAUAAUUGGAAUCGGGUUAAGCUUAGAUACUGCGACGGAGCGUCAUUUUCCGGGGACUCCCUGUAUCAAAAUGAAACAGUAAAGCUAUACUUUAGGGGCCAGAGGAUUUGGAAGGCCAUCAUUCUUGAUCUUCUUCCCAAGGGUUUGAAUCUUGCAGACAAGGCUCUGCUCUCAGGUUGUUCUGCUGGUGGUCUCGCGACUUUCUUGCACUGUGAUAACUUCACUAGUUUUUUACCCAAGAAUACCACUGCAAAAUGUAUGAGUGACGCUGGAUUUUUCCUUGAUAUAAGAGACAUUAGUUUGCAACACACCGCAAGGGAAUUUUUCGAACAACUUAUUCUUCUACAGGGCACAGAACAGUUUCUGAAUGAAAACUGUACUAGUUCACGUUACUAUCCGUAUCAGUGCUUCUUUCCGCAAUAUGCUUUGCCUUAUGUCAAAGCACCAUAUUUCAUCCUAAACUCGGCAUAUGAUGUAUUCCAAUUUCAUCAUAAUCUCGUUCCACCUUCUACUGAUUUGCGUGGACAUUGGAGUCGAUGUAAAAAUAAUCCUGCAGCGUGUAAUCUGCAUCAGCUAACUAUAUUACAAGGUUUUAGAUUUGAAAUGCUUAAAGCUUUGUUAUACUUUUACGAGUACUCCAAAACGGGAGGGAUGUUCUUAAAUUCAUGUUUCGCUCAUUGCCAAAGUGAGUCCCAAGACACAUGGUUUGCUCCAGAUUCCCCGAGAGUUCACAAUAGGACGAUAGCAGAGUCAGUUGGCGAUUGGUACUUCGAGAGAAGGGUAACCAAGUUGGUUGACUGUGCAUAUCCAUGUGAUAAUAGCUGCCACAACACCAUAGGUUAAAGGGUGUUCAUACAUUGACAAAGACUUCUGAUGAAGUUGAUUCUUCAUUUUUUCGGGUGUGAAUUCAUCAGUCUCGAUAUUAAUGUUUUCAUACAUUGAUUUUACAGUAUAGAUGGAUAGAAGAAAUUUGUUUUAGGGCGAAGUUUAGUUGAAAAAAUUAAGAAUUCUUCUCAUAUGUGGAGAAGAAGAAAUUAGGAGUAUACGGGAAUCGGUUGAGGUAGAUUACUUGACAAGAAUAGUCAUCAUCAUUCAUGCGUCAAUGUUAUACAGAAUGCUUUAUGUCUUACAAAUGUAGAGUUGUAAAAUAAAGUUACAUUGCAUUCUUUGAUGUCAUUAGUGUAUAAAUUUUUC